CAGCGGGAGCGGGGCUCCGGGCGUGCAGUGCGGCCGACGGACGGACUAGUGAGCAGGCGGGCGGGCGUCCGCGCGGAGGUGACCACACGGCAGCGGCGAAGGACGCAGGUGGUGUGUCUGUGGCUCACGCGUCCGCCGGGCCAACGAGCGGGUCUUUCCGUCUCCCUCUUUUGCCCGUCCGAACCCCGGAGCCCGGGCCCGCUCAGCCGGCGUCAUCAUGACCAAGACCAGUAACAAGGGCGGGAACCUCCGCGACAAGCUGGACGGCAACGAGCUGGACCUGAGCUUGAGCGAUCUGAACGAGGUCCCCAUCAAGGAGCUGGCUGCACUUCCAAAGGCUACAGUACUGGAUCUGUCCUGCAAUAAACUGAAUACUUUACCGUCGGAUUUCUGUGGCCUCACACACCUAGUGAAGCUGGACCUUAGUAAGAACAAGCUGCAGCAACUGCCAGCAGACUUUGGCCGUCUGGUCAACCUCCAGCACCUGGAUCUCCUCAACAACAGGCUGGUCACCCUUCCUGUCAGCUUUGCUCAGCUUAAGAACCUGAAGUGGCUGGACCUGAAGGACAAUCCCCUGGAUCCUGUCUUGGCCAAAGUGGCAGGUGACUGCUUGGAUGAGAAGCAGUGUAAGCAGUGUGCAAACAAGGUGUUGCAGCACAUGAGAGCCGUGCAGGCAGACCAGGAGCGAGAGAGACAGCGGCGGCUAGAGGUGGAACGAGAGGCAGAGAAGAAGCGUGAAGCUAAGCAGCGAGCUAAGGAAGCUCAGGAGCGGGAACUGAGGAAGCGGGAGAAGGCGGAAGAGAAGGAGCGUCGGAGAAAGGAGUAUGAUGCCCUCAAAACAUCUAAGAAGGAGCAGGAGAAGAAGCCCAAGAAGGAAACAAAUCAGGCUCCAAAAUCUAAGUCUGGCUCCCGCCCCCGCAAACCACCACCACGGAAGCAUACUCGGUCCUGGGCAGUGCUGAAGCUGCUACUGCUGCUGCUGCUGCUGUGUGUGGCAGGUGGAGUGGUGGCAUGCCGCGUGACGGCACUGCAGCAGCAGCCCCUCUGCACCAGUGUGAACGCCAUCUACGAUAAUGCCGUCCAGGGCUUGCGCCGCCAUGAGAUCCUGCAGUGGGUCCUCCAGACCGACUCCCAGCAGUGAGCUUGUCCUCCACACCUGCUGCCUCUCGGCCUUGGAGCUUGGAUUCCUAUGGAACUGGGUUCUGCUGGACACAGCCUCUUCUUAGCAUCAGACCUACCUGCCAUCACCCAGUGGCUGCUGAGUGGCACCUGCCCUUUGUGAGGACUCCUGUAUUCCUUAGUCAGGAUGCCCUGGUGGAAUGAGGAGAAAUAGGAGGUGGGAAGGGACAGUUACCUGCAUGCCUAAAGGAAUAGGCUUAGGGCUGGGGAGCAAAACAGAACCUUUUGUAGGUAACAAAGCUGUGUAAAGGCAAGGUUUAUUUCUACUCAGUGGUCAGCUCUCAUUUAUACUUUUGUAUGCCACAAACCUUUCAUUUCUCCUGGGGUAACUAGGGCAGAUCAGGAAGCAGUAUGUUACUGGGGACAAGAAGAAUACGUUUUAGCAAACCCAACCUAAAUUGCGGAGACCAUUUUAGGAUUCAAGCAUUCUAGCUGUCAUACAAAAUCUGGUUAUGAAAAGGACUUCACUGUUAGGUCCAUGUAACACUUAGAGGCAGAGAAACCAAGGCCUUCCCUGACUUGCCUAUGGUCUCCCCAGCUAGUCUGAGGCACAACCCAACUUCCACUUAUGUGUUCUUUUCUUCCUCCAUGCCAGUUGACCUCCUUUGUGUCCCAUAAGAACAGAACUCACACCAGAAUUAUGUUUCAUCUAGUGUAUAGAAUCAGUAGACUGAUGCAUGACACAGAUCUGUGAUCAGAUCAGGGUCUUGGGCUAGUCCUGUGGCAUCCUGCCCCAACCUAUGUAGCUUCACAAAUGGCAGCUGGCCUGGCUCCUUGCCUCAGUCUUAGAGCAUUAACUCCCUGAUUGCCAGUUAGUAAGGAGGCAGGUCUCUCUGCAAAGCUGCAUUGCUUGUGACCGCGCCAUCUUACGUGGUGUGACUAAAUACCUCAAAGGCAGCCUGAAAAUGCAACGUCAUAGAAACAGGUUUAGAAUUGCUCAGUCCUAGACCUGCAACAAAAGGGAAGCAAUGAAAGGAAUCAGUAACUCAUGAAGCAGAAAAGCACUGUAUAACUGAAGAGUAGCACAAAUGAGGUAGCUGCCCAUUCUCCUGGCUGCUACACUAAGCAUUCUCUUGCCGCAGUAGCUGGAUGAAGGGAUCAGAAGUGACCAUGUCACGGUGCUCAUUGCUUAAAAACUCCCAGAUUCAAGAUCCUCCCUGGAGAGAGUAAGAACCUGUCAGUUAAGACAGAGGGCAGGGUCCAGCUUUUAGUCCUCAUGGCCCAUCUGGAUAGGUCUGCUAUUACAACUGUGAUACUGGAAGAAAGGAUUUUGUUCUCUCCUUCUGCAACCAUAGCUCUGCUGCAUAGGUCUGUACCUUUCUCAGAAUCACUACACAUUCUUUUAGUCUUCCUCCAAGCUCCAGAGCCAUUGAUACAAAUGCUUUAUUAAAACUAAACACAUAGUACACAUGAUGAGAUACGAUAACGCAGAAUUCAUCCUAGUGUCAUAGUUCCUUGGCUGGUUGAGGCAGCUCAGUGGCUGAGCCUAGUCAGGCCAACCUGCAGGUGAGAAUUCACUCCGACUUAGAGAUUUGAUGCUGAUUGUUUUGGGUUUCUACAAUUAUUAAAUCCAUGUCUGAGUGGU